AUGCAGGUCUCCGUGGGAGCCAUCGGGAGGUACAGCAAGACAUGGACGGAUCCCGACGAGUUCCGACCUGAGCGGUUCCUGCCCGGCGGCGAGGCAGAGGACGUGGGGCCUUUUCCGGGUCCCAAGGAGAUCAGGAUGAUGCCGUUCGGCACCGGGCAUAGGUUCUGCCCUGGCGUGGGUCUGGCCAUGAUGAACAUCAAGUGUUUCUUGGCUGCGCUCGUGCACGAGUUCCACUGGAAGCCACCCACGGAGGGUUGUGCUGGCGUCGACGUGACUGAGCUCAACACCUUCGUCAAGGGGAUGAAGACACCGCUUUCCGUGCGUCUCACGCGACGCACUUUAUCCUCUUGA